AUCUGUAUUUCGCUGCUACAAACGGCGCACCAAUGCACCAUACAUUUUUACGUAAUUUGUCAUGGCAGAAGUAAGUUCAUUGAGUGAGUCGGAAAAUUAUGUGGAAAGUGAUUUCGAAACCUCAUCAACAGAAGAGAAAAAGAAGAAAAAUGUUUAUCCCAAGAGGAAAAGAAAGUAUCAUCAUUUAUCCGAGCAUUUUUCCAAGUCGAAGAACAAUGUAAAAGUAAAGUCUAGUUCCACUGCUGGAAAAACUUUUACUUAUCUUGGAAAAACUAGGAAGAAAAAAAAUUCAACUCUUAGUGGUGAUUCCCUUCAACAUUCUUCGCAAUCCGUACAACAGCCACAAACUGUUUCAUCAUUCACUACCCAUCAUUCAGCACAUGACAUAGCGACUGAUGAAUUCCCAUCAGCUAUCAGCCUUGAAGAUCUUGAUAAGCUAAGAAGAGAAGUGAAAAACGACUUAGAAAGCAUGCAGGUAAGACAACAUCGAACAUGGCAAGAACGACAAACAUUUGGUGCAUGGGGACAGCAUGCUAGAAGAAGAAUUUUUACAGAAUAUGUAUCAAGACAGCCACUAUUUCAUUCAAAAUGUGACCAGUGUCAUGGUGAUUUGAACUUCUACGCUGUUAGAUGUAUGACCUGCAAAAGACACCUUUGCCAUCAAUGUGAUGCAAACACACACUCCAGCAUGCCAUUUCAUCGAAGACUAUUGUGUUCUUGCGAAACCCUGGAAACAUUACAGCCCCAUCAUUUUAUCGAUGAAGAAGGAAACAUUAUAACAAAAGAUGUUUGUUUACCAUGCUUUGUGCCUCUUAAAUGCUGUGAUGUAAACUGCCUUGGAUCGAUGUCGCUUACACCCAAUCUCACAGAAUCAAUCGUGGUUGUCACUGAGCAAGGUCGGUUUCUGUUAAAGGGAACUAAUUUUGUUUGUGAUAGUUGCCAUACUGUUACGAAAGCCACUAUCGACGACUAUAUAUUUUCUGGUUUUUUCCCUGCAAGUUUAUCAGAGAAAGUUACAUAUCUUUUUUCAGAAGAGGCACUUCUAUUAGGGUAUCACAUUUCCCACAAGUGUCCAGGUUCUUCAAAGAACAUGUACGCUCGCACUCUUGAAGACGUAUCUAAAGAAUAUGGACGGAAUGGACCGAUUAACGUACCGUUAUUUACUACUGCGGAAAGAGAGUGGGAAACCUGUCGCCACUAUAUUGACCAAGAAGUGCUGAAAAGAGACAAAACUCAUUGCCCAAGUUGUGGGAAAGAACCUUUAGUCAGAUCUUCUGACGCUAUCGUAAAAUUGAGGCGCUUAAGCUCGGCUGGAAAAGUGCACAAUCCAGAAAACGAAAGAACAAUGGAACAGCCACAGGCGAGGUUUGGAAACUUAGUUAUCAAAUCCGAUACAGAAGUUGAAAAUUUCCGUCAAAGGAUUUACAACAAAGUUUCUACUACAAAAAAGAAACAGAUGUGUGGGGGAUCGGCUUUUAAGGCCGCAAGAGAAGACUCCAAUGAACAAAAGAAGUAUGACGAGACUGGGCUCGUCGUUAGCUCUUGCAAGCACUGCGUUGUACCAUACGCAAUCAACAUGUUUAAAGGUGAAUCGUGGACCCAUACUGCAUUUAUGCACAACGAAGCCAUGAAAAGUAACGCCAAAUUCUUCUGCUACGACGUGGUAUGCCAAUACUGGAAAUGGAUGAAAACAAAAGUGGCUCGUCAUUUUCCUGAAUACCGUAAUCUAACAAGUGAAAUGACAGGAAUCUUGCCUAUCAUGCAUAAGAAUGCACAUCAAUUGCCAUGCAAGAUUUUAUGGAAUCCCCGCUGGACAACUGGAAUGGGCUUAACUGGAGGAGAAGAGCACGAGCAAGUUUUCUCCAAAUUGUAUCUAUAUGCUUAUGUGCUAAAGCAUAUGGCCAAACAUAACAGAAACGAUUUUUUAACAUUAGCUAUUCUUUAUUGGAACUGGGGUAAUAUUGAAAAUAUGCAUUUCCUUCUACGCAAAAAGCUAGAAAAAGCAAGAAAGGAAAUCAAACAAGGCACUCCAAAACUCGAGAAAUUGUUGGAAACCCAUAACCUCGUAUAUAAUGAUCUUCCACUGAUUCACAAGGAGCUGGAGACAAAAGCUAAGGCAAUUCUUGACCAAAGAAAAACCAAAAAGACUACAGUUGAUACACUGAGAAGAAUGCUGGAGGGCUUACAUGCUCAUUUAAAGACUACUUCCAUUUCUAUCUCUAAAGAAGCAGAAAAUUCGAAGAGUCGCACUAAAUUAAGGCGGGUUUUGACGGAAACUAAACGAAAGGCUUUGGAAACGAUUGAAUUAAUUAAUUCUAAGGAUACAACGCUUCCAAUUUCUUACGAGGAUUUCAAUGAAGGUGUCUUUCCUUGGGAAACAGUUCUGGAUCGGGAUGACACGCACUUUCCCACACUUUCCCUUGCCGACAAAUAUAAUAUUGUUGAUUGUUGGAUGCUAUUGAAAAGAGCAAGGGAGGAAAUUACAUUGAGUAAGAAUAAAAUGAUAAACUACAUGCGAUUCCUCAUUGAUAAACGGUCAUCACUACAACAACCAAGUCAAAAACAUACCGGAGAAGACGAGAAAUUUGCGAAAGGGAAAUCCGUCAUGAAAGUUUCUGAAGUUCAUCAUCUUAAUUUAAAAAUUCAAAUGGCUCUAACAACAUUUAAUUUAAAGUGCAACCAGGAUUUUUCAGAUUUCGUAUGUGAAACACAAACAAAUCAUUCUGAACCAGAAUUUGAGUUUGACACAUCUCAUGAAGACAAUUACGAUUCUCUCUCAGAAUCCGAAUAUUCUGAUGAAGAAACAGAAAGCUCAUCUAGCUAUUCGGAAGAUGAUGAAUCUGCAAUAUAAUUUAGAAUACAAAUUGCAUAAUUCUUACUAAAAGUUAUGAAAAAUAAAUGUUUGACUCUUUUAAAGCAAUAUUGUAUUUAAUAAAAGUAAGAGAACCUUUUCUCUGAUCCGUCCCGUUGCAAAAUUAAAA